AUGGGAAUAUCAGCUCGUAUUGUUGGAAUUGUUCUCUUGAUUGUUCUAGCAAGUGGCAUCAUGGUUUCUGCUGACGUGUUAGGGCGGCGCAUGCUCGGUGCAGGUGGCUCGGGUGGCGGUGGUGGCGGCUUAGGUGGUAUGGGAAUGGGCAUGGGUGGAAGUCUUGGUGGUGCAAGUGGUGGCACUGGACUUGGUGGUGGUUUGCUUGGUGGUGAAGGUGGCGGUGCAGAAUAUCUAGGUGUUGAUGAUGGUUGUUACAAAGACUGGAGUCAUGACCUUCUUGUUGCAAGAAAGAUUUUGGCAAUUGAAAAGGUCCCAAGGUUUCAGCACUCUAUGAUUCUUGAAGGUGGAAGCAUUCACGUUGAUGGGGAAGGGACUUGUCUCACAACAGAAGAGUGCCUCUUGAACAAAAACAGGAAUCCCCAUUUGUCUAAAGAACAGAUUGAGAAUGAACUAAAAGCAUAUCUUGGAGUCAGGAAGGUUAUUUGGCUGCCUCGAGGGUUGUUUGGUGAUGAUGAUACAAAUGGUCAUAUUGAUAACAUGUGCUGUUUUGUGAAGCCUGGUGUUGUUUUGCUGUCUUGGACUGAUGAUCAGUCUGAUCCACAGUAUGAAAGAUCCAUUGAAGCCCUCUCUAUUCUCGAAAAUAUUUCUGAUGCCAAUGGUAGAAAAAUACAAGUAAUCAAACUCCAUGUACCUGGGCCACUCUAUAUGACAGACGAGGAGGAAGAUGGACUAUUUCAGGAUGGUGAUGCUAAAACUAGGACUUCAGGUACAAGGCUUGCUGCUUCUUAUGUAAACUUCUACAUUGCUAACGGUGCAAUUAUUACUCCGCAAUUUGGGGAUAAAAAAUGGGAUGAAGAAGCUAUUAGAGUCCUCUCACUGGCAUUUCCAGAUUAUGAGGUUGUAGGAAUUGAAGGUGCAAGGGAAAUUGUAUUGGGAGGUGGAAAUAUACAUUGUAUCACACAGCAGCAGCCAACCGGCCCAGAAUAUUCACCCAAGGUCAUGACUGGUUCCAUAUCUUAGCAGAGGGAUAACUAAUAUUUGGCAUGUGAUAACUAAUAUUGUUUGUAAUCUCUUGUGGAAGAUGAACUUUAUUUCCUAAAUUUGCUUUUUCUUUCAAGAUUCUGGAGGGCAAAAAUAAUGUCUGGGAUAUAGACUUACCCAAAGAAAGCUUUGUACUCUUGGGUGUGGAUCCAGGUCAAAGCUCAAAUUGCUUUUUGAUAAUGAGUUUUCUUUUUGUAA